UCUUGUUGUCCUAGGCGCCGGGUCUUGUUGAAUCAUGCGCGGCGGCAAGAAACUAGCCAAAGAUCAGGCAUCAAUACCCGCUUCCCAACAUGGCACGAGAUCCAGUGCUUCCUACCGGGGAACAACAACUGAUGAGACAUUCCCCGUCAUCUCUCGCUUCCAAAUCACAAUUAUCCUCAUUUCUUACAUUGUUUCUCUGCCUCUCAUUCUCUAGACAGACUCAACAUUGAUAUGGGAACAGUGCCUAACCAUAAGCCGCUAGACAACUGGACACACGACACUGGCCCCGGAAAAGGGCAAACGAUAGGCCAAACAGUUUCUCGCGAAAAUGAAACCACAAGUUCCAAACUUCAGCCGUCCAAAAAGGUCAAUGCCGUACCAAAUGCUUCUAAGCUUGCUCCACCACAUGCGGAAGCUCCCACAACUCCAGUCCUUAAAACUAUAGAUUUUGUCAGCGACGAGUGUGGCGAGCUAGGCCUGGAUUCGAAGAACAAUGCGACGCUCAUUGGGCGGGUAAAUCCAUUUCUCAAUUCCCAUAGAAAGGCCAAGACUCAAGUCAUCCAGAUUGCCUGUGGCGGCGGCAUAUGCGUGUUGUUGUUUCAAAGGCAGAUAACAAGAUCAUAACAUGAGGGUUUAACGACGACAAGCGCACUCUGAAGAGAGACACCAAGUGGGAUAGUGGGACGGGACGUAGGAUCGGACGAUGACGAUGACGAUGGUCUGAACCCUCACCAGUCUAUCCCCGCAGCAGUUUGCGAUGAUCAUUUCCCGCCCAACAUCAAGUUUGCGCAAGUCGCUGCAGGUGAUGAUUGAAACGUUGUGCUUACCUGCCAACACUGGCUUGGUGUACGGAUAGGGUUCUUUUCAUGUGGGACACAUGCGAUUUUGCUUCGACCACACUGGAACACUUGUCAGAUCUCAAGACAGGCUAAUACUCGUCCUUGGUUUGAAGGGCAUCACCCAGAUUAUAUAUGGAGCGAAUCGCGUUCUCGCCCUUGACAUGUCGAGCACAAGAUGUGGUCUGGGGUCG